AUGGCGCGACUCUGUGCAGCAAUCGUUUGUCUAUGGUCCAUCCCAGCAACCACUGCGCUAAGCAGCUCGUACACCUUCUCCGACUCCCUCAUCUCCCAGCAAGCCUUGGACGGCGAGAACUUCCUCAAAUAUGACGGCGUCCGUGGUCCCUACGUGGACCGCAUAUCAUACGGAAUCAGUCGGGAUCCUCCAGCACAAUGCUCUGUUGACCAAGUUAUCAUGGUCAAACGACAUGGUGAACGAUAUCCCACAUCAGGCGAAGGGACUUCCAUUGAACAGGCCCUGAAGAAAGUCAACGACUCCAUCGCAGGUAACUACAGUGGCGGCGAUCUAGCAUUCCUGAAUAACUGGACCUACUUCGUCCCAUCCGACUGCUACGAGGCCGAGACCUCGACAGGGCCCUAUGCAGGACUAACAGACGCAUACAACCAUGGCAAGGCGUACCGCCAACGCUAUGGACAUCUCUAUAACGAGUCGAUUAUUCUCCCGUUAUUCACCGCCGACUUCCAACGAAUUAUCAGCACAGCGCAGAACUUCGGACAAGGAUUUCUCGGGAAUGAUAGCUACGCCACCAAGGCAGCGCUCAAUAUCAUCUCUGAAUCUGACAGCCAGGGCGCAGAUAGUUUGACACCAACAUGUCAUGUACAGGACGAUGAUGCACAAAGCAUCUGCGGCGACAUGCCGUACUAUCUGCCUCAGUUCGAUGUCACUGCGGACAGGCUGAACGCUCAGUAUCAGGGUCUCAACCUGAACUGGACAGACGUAUACUCACUCAUACUAAUGACCGCCUACGAGCUCAACACCCGCUCCUCAUCACCCUGGAUCGACGUCUUCACUACAGACGAAUGGAUCAGUUUUGCCCAUCUCUGGAACGUCAACUUCUACUACUGUGCAGGUACCAAUAAGACUGACAUCAACAGCCCCGGCAACAAAUACACCCGCGCCCUCGGCGCCCUCUACCUAAACGCAACCCUCACUCUCCUCCAACAAGGCCCCUCCUCAUCCGGGCCUCUCUUCUUCAACUUUGCCCACGACAGCAACAUAACCCCCAUAAUAACCGCCCUCGGCAUCGCCACGCCCACCACGCCCCUCAACAAAACCCGCAUUCCCUUCCCCCCAUCCGCCUGGUCCGUCCAAGACAUAGUCCCGAUGGGCGGGCGUCUCACCAUCGAGCGCAUGAACUGUACUGAUUCUGCUCUCGCGCCGGGCGGGAUCUUCGUCCGACUGGUCCUGAACGAGGCGGUUGUGCCGUUGGAGGACUGUCAGAGUGGACCGGGGUAUUCGUGUCCGUUGGACGAGUAUGCGGAUUUUGUGGGAAGCUUGCCGAGUUAUGUGAGUGAGUGUGAGGUUCCUGAGGAUGAUAAGCAGGAUUUGGAGUUCUGGUGGGCGUGGAAUACUUCGACGGCGGAGAAUUUUAGGAUGGGGGGGAGGUGUGGGGGGUUGGCUUAACCACUCUCAGUUCAUGUAAUGAUCACAUUUGAGGAAAGGGGUACAUGAUGGUUAUGAGAUGUUGAGAUGACAUGUGUAGAGUGUUAUAUAGUAGUCUACUAUUGGUGUUGUUUUGGUGGGUGAGUG